AUGGGCCACGACGACGAGCGUACUCCCCUUCUUUCCAAGCCCUCCGGCUGCUGCGGCGGCAAAGGCGGCGCCGCUUGCUGUGGUGGCAAGGGUCCGUCGAGCUCCCUCAGUCCGACCACCGGCGUCGGCGCCUCCGUCCCACUCAAACGCAACGGCAACACCACCAACAGCGAGCACGUGUGGACGAUUGAGCGCCGUGGUUCCAGCUCGUCGCUCCGCUCGAACCGUCGCCGCCGCGUCGAGGAUCUGCUCGAGGACGAGGAGCCGCUCCAGUCCAAGUGUGCCGCGUCGGGUGGCCAGUGCUGCAAGGAGCUCAAGGGCGAAGACGAGCGUCACCUGAUCCCUCCCGAGUUUGUGCGCGACUGCAUCAUCGGCCUCGCGGAUGGCCUUACCGUUCCAUUCGCUCUUACCGCCGGCCUUUCGUCGCUGGGUAACUCAACCCUCGUCGUCACUGGUGGCUUCGCCGAGCUCUGCGCCGGCGCCAUCUCUAUGGGUCUUGGCGGCUUCCUCGCGUCCCAAGCCGAGCUCGACCACUUCCACUACCUCCGCAAGCAGACCCACGAGCGUGUCCAGCGCUCCUGUGACGGCGAGAUGGAGCGCGAGGUUCACGCGAUCCUCGGUCCGCUCGGUGUCAAGGAGACCCUCUCGCGCCUCGUCGCCGAGGAGCUCCUUGAGGUCGAGGACAGUGCGUGCGUUGCCAUCGAGGGCGUCGACCGCCCUGAUAUUGAGAACGGAAUCACCAAGGAGGAGAAGGUCGACCCCAACGUCGGCCUCACGGCGUUCCUCCUCAAGUUCGGCGAGGGCAUGGAGGAGGUCCCUCGCUCGCGUCUUUGGAGCUCGGCUCUGACUAUCGGCCUCUCGUACUUCUUUGGUGGCCUCGUCCCUCUCCUUCCUUACAUGUUCACCGAAACUGCCGAGAGCGGCCUCCUCUGGAGCGUGAUCGUUACCGGCAUUGUUCUCUUCCUCUUCGGUGGCGCCAAGACCUACUUCACUGGCGCGACUGGCGGAUACCGCGGCUACCUCUGGGGCGCAGUCAGCAUGACCCUCGUCGGUGGCUUUGCAGCCGCCGCUGCGUUCGGCCUCGUCGAGGUCAUGGGCAUUACAGAAUAG